AUGGUUGAAGCUGUAUUUAAAAAUUAUGAUCAUAAUAAAGAUGGUUCCAUUUCUCAAAGUGAAUUUCAACAAAUUUCAACUAAUUUUCCAUUUAUUGCACCAUUUGGAACUAUCGAUACUGAUAAGGAUGGUGUAAUUAGUAAAUCUGAAAUGAAUGCAUAUUUCGUCAAAAUUUGCAAACAAUCGAUAGAUUUCCGUCGUGAAUUUCAGCAUAAUUUUCAUGAAACAACUUUUUUAACACCUGCAAUAUGUGCUCAUUGUGAUAGAUUAUUAUGGGGUAUAAUUCGACAAGGUUUCAAAUGUCAUGAUUGUGGACUUACCGUACAUCGAAUUUGUAGAGGUAAUGUUGUGGUAGAAUGUCGUCGGAGUAGUACCGUAACAGAAUCAUCAAAAACAAGCCGAAAACUUUUGCCUGGUAUUAGAUCAAUUUCUCGAUUACGAACAGCAAGCACAACAUCAGAACACGGUCAAACAGAUGAUACAACAGCAGAAUGUUUUGCAUCAACAGCAUGCAAAAUGUUAUUACAUUUACGACCUCAAUCAAGAAAGAAUCGUGCACGUUCUGAUACAGGCUGUUAUUAUCAGGUAGCAAGUUCACCGGAAUCACCGAAUACAGAUGUAGCACCAUCUUUAGCAUGCGAAGAAGUAUUCGAGGAUGAAUCUGCAUGCAUAUCACUUUCCGAAAUGAAUGAUUCCAAUAGUUAUUGGGGGCGUUUCCUUCCAAUUCAAUCAGAAGAUGAAUUAGUUGCCGAUUCGGUAUGUAUUAAAAUUGAUGAAAGAUCGGAAGAAGUACGAUGUGUUGGUCCAUGUCUAACAUUGAAUGUUACUGUUGGUGAGGGUAACAGCACUCGAACUAUAGGAAUGAUGCGAGAUUGCCAGAAGAAGUAUUACAGUCGAAAUUCGUAUAAUGAUGAAGGAAAUCGUAGAUGUCGAAAUCGCACCGUUAAAAUUCGUCGACGUAUACUGAAUGCUGAAUACUGCUUUUGUUUGGGUAAUUACUGUAAUGGUGAUGGUGAUGAAGUGGAGAGAUCAAUGAGUGAAUUUCGGAAAAUAUCGAAAUAUACGAAAAUUCGAAAUAAUCAACGGAAUGGUAUCAGUAUGAAAUGGUCUUUGUGUAAUGUUCCGUAUUUAAUGCUUAUUUAUAUUGUAUGUUGGAAAUUAUAUCUGAUUAGUUUAUAG